AUGGACAAGACUCCCCCUGCUUACAGACCAGACACAGGAGCAUUGCUGAAUCAGAAAGCGCUGUACAUGGCUGCCAAGCAGAUCAGGCAGUCAAACAAUGGCAUCGACAGGGGCAGUGCUUUUCACUACUUGCUCAGCCCAGCAGAGAAACUUGAGGGCUUUGGCGCAACCAGCUCUGCAUGCAGCAUCAGCUCAUCUAACAACUGCUGUCCAUCAACAGCAAAGCAGCGAUCUCCCUACAGCUCUCAGCAGAUCGCCUCAGAGAUGCAUGACAAGGAGAAGAGCGCCAUGCUGCCAAUCAGCGGAGUGUGCUCUGGCGCAUCUGUCACCAGGGAUGCCCACUCAGUGGUGUGCAAGGGCAGAGUGUCAGGCAGUGAGAUGGCUUCAGCAACAGGUGAUGGGCACGCCAAGAUGAACAGGCCCAGCAAGAGAGCUGCCAGAGCUUCGGCGGAUCCAGUGGAGCAGCCGCGAAAGAUUCAGGCCACAGCAAACACCCAGACAGCCAAGCAGCAGGGAGCAGGCAGGAAAAAUCUGGCAAAGCUGUUUGAAAGGGAGGAGUAG